AUGGCACCGCACGCUACUGACGACGGCAACAACAUGAGCUCUGAAGCGCCUAUGACCAAUGGCGAGACGCCCACCUCCAAGGCUCUAUCGCAUCUGCACUCCUACCCUGUAGUUCACGACAGUGUUGAGACCUUCAAGUCCAACCCCUAUGGUUCGCGCGCCUUGAACCUCGCCAACAACACCUACCAGUCCAUCGUCGCACCCUUUCACCCAUACUUGCGCACACCCUACUCCUACAUCUCACCCUACCUGGCACGCGCCGACCAGCUCGGGGACUCUGGCCUAUCCACUCUAGAGACACACCUACCCAUUGUCAAGGAAGACACUUCAAAACUGAAAGAAUAUGCUUUCUCGCCCGUCACAUACGUGCAAGGUACCUGGCAAGACGAAUACAACAAGACGCAUUACAACAACGGCGUUGUCAAGAUGGGUGUUGCGACAGUCAGCUUCGAGCUCAGGAUGUUGAGCGAUGCGUGUGACGUUGUGUUGAAUUACCUGAACAAGGGAAAGGAGCAGACGAAGAAGAAGGUUGACGAGGUCAAGCAGUAG